AUGGGACAGUCCUCUUCUACACAGAGAGACCAACGCCACACAUUUGCCUCAAACCACUCAACAUAUCCGCGAAGCGAUCGUAACCGGCGCAACAUCAAUGAAGACAUGAAUCACAGAUUAAAUCCCGAACAAGCUGAUAAUGCGGCUCCUUCCUCAGGACUAAGUGACGUUCACAACAACCAGAACUUUCAGUCGAGUCAACUGGAUCCGACCUUGGAGUCAUGGCAGCCAUCGAGUCCUUUGGCUACGGCGCAGCCUAAUUAUACACAACCGAUGGAGAGUAUUCAUGAAGAAGAUGGCUCUCAGUACGAGUCGGGUGAGCGGGAGUACCGUUCUGCGGUUUUCGCCCGUAUGGCAGCUCGACGUCAGUCCACCAUGUCCAGGUUGGGGUCUAGAAUUUUGCCAAACUCGGUCAUUCGUGGUCUUCUCAAUAGCGAGGAGGAAACGCCUGCAGAAGGUCAUGCGCACCGACACGGUAUCCCAUUUGUAUCAAGACCAAUUCCGAGAUCAGAGGUUGCUCAUAGCAGUAGUCGCUUUAGCCCAUUCAGCUCGCUCAGCUCAAGAGGUAUCAGACGGCGAUCGCUUCGGGGACCGUAUUUUAUCCCUCGCAGUGACCCAUCGUUGGUCUCGGAGGGAACGACUAGCUCUGCAUACCUGGAUUCUUCGUCGGAGCAGACAGCACAACCCGCAAGAGCAUCAUGGCGUCGGAGUGUUCGCUUAAGCCGUGUCCGCAAUUCUUUGUCGGGCCCAAUCACCCACAUAUUCGGCCAGCCAUCUGGGAGCCCCUCGGGCGCAGACUACGGACUUGCGCAUCAGCCAGAAGCGGGGGAAGGCUUUAGCGACGACUCCGAGCUUCGUCUUCCUCCUCUGAGAGCGAUGGAUACCAGUAUGGAUUUCGACGAAACUCAUGAACUUGAUUCUGUGGAACCCGCAGUAGGAGGCAGUCGACCAACCUCACCGCUCUUUUCCCAAUCCGCCCAAGGCUCGCCGGCGUCGCGCCGGCUUCCAGGACUACUCCGUGCGAGACCGUCCAGAGUCUUGCGCCGCGAGGAACAGACCCCUCUAUCUCGUGUCCUUCAACUAGCCGCUGCUGCAAUUGCUGCACAGCUUUCCGGAGCAUCCGGCCCAGUCCUGCCCAACAUCCAGUCUCUUGGUAAUGAUGGCUUAGAUGGCUCACUGGAAAAUUUUGUACAGAGUCUACAACAUGCCACAUCCGCACAGUCUGCCCCGAAUGAUGCGGCAACUACCCCGGCUGAUAACGAGCCUCCAGCCCCUGUGAACUUCUUGCGGGUGUUUAGAUUCGCCAAUUCAGAUAACGCUCGGCCUCCUGCUUCUUCAAGUCGGUCGACUGGUGAACCGGACAGUGUCGGUAGCAACGAAGGUGGCAUGGACGUUGAUAACUCCCCUGGAUCCUCUGGAGAGCCUGAAGGACGCACUGUAACCUUGGUCGUUGUGGGUGUUCGGUCUGUGCCAUCUGGUGGCGCUUCAUUUGGCGAUCAGCAGUCGAAUGCCGGGCCAGGUUUAGAUGCGUUGCUACGAUUACCGUUUUUGACUCCCGGGGCCCCAUCUCGAGGUUCAGAUACUGGUCUCGGCCUGCCUCGCGCCGAGAAUCGACCUAGGGUUCCGUCUACUCGCCAACCGAUCGCCGCUCCCACCAACUCGGUGAAUAAUGAGUCUGGGCUUCGGGCUCCAUCUCGAAGAUUCUCUGACGUGGGGAGUCGUGUUCCGUUCUCGUCUUCACUCCCCUCGGCUCUGUCAGAAAGCCCACCGGGUCCUCAUCCACCCCCGUCAACACCGGCAGAGCCAGGCCUGUCCGCGGUAUCUUCAGGUGCCUCAACACCGAGCCGGAGGUUGUCUUCGUCCUCCGCGAUACCGUCUAACCAUUUACCUCAUGUCAAUGAGCAUGCGCCUAUGCAACCGUCUGGGGAACCAUCCGAGGACAGAGUCCCAUUCCAACCCUUGCAUCAACGACGCCGCAGCGACUCCGAGUAUGCUCGUCAUCGUGAGCUCGGCUCUGGCGCCGUGCGCCGAAAUGGUGUCGUGGAACCUGACACACCCGCCCCCCCUGCGGGUAGAAGCUGGUUGAUCUACGUUGUAGGCACUAAUCUGUCCGAGAAUCAUCCUGCGUUCGCAACACCGAGCCUUUUUACGGAUAACCCCACUUACGAAGAUAUGAUCCUACUUUCGUCCCUCCUUGGACCCGCGAAGCCGCCUGUUGCCACGCAGGACGAUAUUAACUCCGCUGGGGGACUCUAUCGACUCGUCGAGUACGCUGGCACGCUCGUUGCAGAGGCUCUGGAUGGUGCUGGCGCUAUUCAGAUUCCAGAUGGCGAUCGCUGCUUGAUUUGUCUCAGCGACUACGAAGUGGCGGAAGAGGUCAGACAGUUGACAAAAUGCAAACAUGUCUACCAUCGUGAUUGCAUAGACCAGUGGUUGACUACAGGCCGAAAUUCUUGUCCUCUUUGCAGAGGCGAAGGCGUCGCCGAGAUGUCGAGCGAUACUCCGCCAGUUCCUGGCCCGCAGGACACGACCGCUGCUUAA